CGAAAAUGUAUGCUCUGGAUGAAAGCGUCUGCUAAAUUACUAAAAUGUUGAGUGGGUUGGUAUACUUUCUGCAUUAUUCAGAUUAAAGAGUAUAAUAAUCACAUGUACAGGGUUACAGGUGUUAUUACAGGGUUACAGGUGUUAUUACAGGGUUGCAGGUGUUAUUACAGGGUUGCAGGUGUUAUUACAGGGUUAAAGGUGUUAUUACAGGGUUACAUGUGUUAUUACAGGGUUACAGGUGUUAUUACAGGGUUAAAGGUGUUAUUACAGGGUUACAGGUGUUAUUACAGGGUUAAAGGUGUUAUUACAGGGUUAAAGGUGUUAUUACAGGGUUACAGGUGUUAUUACAGGGUUAAAGGUGUUAUUACAGGGUUACAGGUGUUAUUACAGGGUUACAGGUGUUAUUACAGGGUUACAGGUGUUAUUACAUGGUUACAGGUGUUAUUACAGGGUUACAGGUGUUAUUACAGGGUUACAGGUGUUAUUACAGGGUUACAGGUGUUAUUACAGUGUACAGGGUUGCAGGUGUUAUUACAGUGUACAGGGUUGCAGGUGUUAUUACAGUGUUACAGGUGUUAUUACAGGGUUAAAGGUGUUAUUACAGGGUUACAUGUGUUAUUACAGGGUUGCAGGUGUUAUUACAGGGUUAAAGGUGUUAUUACAGGGUUACAGGUGUUAUUACAGGGUUACAGGUGUUAUUACAGUGUACAGGGUUGCAGGUGUUAUUACAGUGUACAGGGUUGCAGGUGUUAUUACAGGGUUACAGGUGUUAUUACAGUGUUACAGGUGUUAUUACAGGGUUACAGGUGUUAUUACAGGGUUGCAGGUGUUAUUACAGGGUUGCAGGUGUUAUUACAGGGUUGCAGGUGUUAUUACAGGGUUGCAGGUGUUAUUACAGGGUUGCAGGUGUUAUUACAGGGUUACAGGUGUUAUUACAGGGUUGCAGGUGUUAUUACAGGGUUGCAGGUGUUAUUACAGGGUUACAGGUGUUAUUACAGGGUUACAGGUGUUAUUACAGGGUUACAGGUGUUAUUACAGGGUUGCAGGUGUUAUUACAGGGUUGCAGGUGUUAUUACAGGGUUACAGGUGUUAUUACAGGGUUACAGGUGUUAUUACAGGGUUGCAGGUGUUAUUACAGGUGUUAUUACAGUGUUACAGGUGUUAUUACAGGUGUUAUUACAGGGUUACAGGUGUUAUUACAGUGUUGCAGGUGUUAUUACAGGGUUACAGGUGUUAUUACAGGGUUGCAGGUGUUAUUACAGGGUUGCAGGUGUUAUUACAGGGUUACAGGUGUUAUUACAGGGUUGCAGGUGUUAUUACAGGGUUACAGGUGUUAUUACAGGGUUACAGGUGUUAUUACAGGGUUACAGGUGUUAUUACAGGGUUGCAGGUGUUAUUACAGUGUACAGUGUUGCAGGUGUGAUUAGAGUACAGUGAAAUUCUUGAGCUCCAACAUAUAUAUAUAUAUUCACACACACACACACACACACACACAUUAACUAUCAAAAUAAUAUGUAUAUGUACCUUAAAUGUCAAAAUAAUGAUUAUGUAUACUCACAUUAACUGUGGCAAUGAAUAAGAACAUUUAAAAACCUACAAUGUUUUGAAGAACUUGAGGCGAGACACCCCCCUUUGUAGUCAAAAUACAGAAAGAUAAACUAUUGAAUAUUACAUCAUGCUUUGGAGAGCUCAAUAGCAUAUGACUUUAAAUAUAUUUGGAUCGAAUAAGAGCUUAAA